AUGACGAUGACACACCAGCAGGACUUGAAAAGUGUGUUUAUCGCCAAAGAUUUGGACUUCAAGCCUGCCGCCAAGAUCACCAAAAAGGAUUUGAAUGGGAGCGUCACCAAGGCAGAGUAUGCCGUGAGAGGCUCUAUCCCCACAAGAGCUGAUGAGCUGAAAGAGGAACUGAAAAAAAAUCCUGGUUUGUUACCCUUCGAUGAUAUUAUCAACGCAAACAUUGGUAAUCCGCAACAGCUGGAUCAAAAGCCUUUGACUUUCACCAGACAGGUCUUAUCCAUAUUAGAAUACCCGGAAAUUCUACAAGUAGAUCAUGAAAAAUUAGCAUCUUUGAACUUAUUUUCCAAGGAUGCCUUGAAAAGAGCUGAAUGUUUACUGAAGGAUAUUGGCGGUUCCGUCGGAGCCUAUUCGCAUUCCCAAGGUGUUCCAGGAAUAAGGCAAACAGUUGCAGAUUUCAUUACUGCGAGAGACGGUGGCGAACCUGCCACCCCGGAAGAUAUCUAUUUAACCACUGGUGCCUCAUCCGCAGCCACUUCCCUGCUAUCUUUAUUGUGUAAAGAUACCCGAACGGGUUUGCUGAUUCCAAUUCCUCAGUAUCCCUUGUACACUGCAUCCGCGUCUCUUUUCAAUGCGCAAGUGUUGCCAUAUUACUUGGAUGAGGAAUGCAACUGGUCCACUGAAAGUGACGAAAUUGAAAAAGUGGUGCAGGACGCCUUAGAAAAGGGCAUUAGGCCAUCGGUAUUGAUCGUUAUCAACCCAGGUAACCCCACCGGUGCCGUUCUAACUGAAGAAACCAUCGCCAGGAUCUGCUUGAUUGCCGCAAAGUAUGGUAUUGCAGUUAUUUCUGAUGAGGUCUAUCAAGAAAACGUUUUCAACGAUUUCAAGUUCCAUUCAAUGAAGAAAGUUUUGAGAAAACUGCAACACUGUUAUCCAGGAAAAUUUGAUAACGUCCAAUUAGCCUCUUUGCACUCCAUUUCAAAGGGAUUUAUGGGUGAAUGUGGUCAAAGGGGUGGCUACAUGGAAAUCGUAGGGUUCUCUCAAGAUAUAAGGGAUGCUCUUUUCAAACUCAUGUCUAUAUCUAUCUGUUCUGUUGUCACGGGACAAGCUAUAGUCGAUUUGAUGGUCAACCCCCCUCAACCUGGUGAUGAAUCAUAUGAGCAAGACCGUCAGGAAAGGUCGAAGAUUUUUAAUGAAAUGCGCACCAGAGCUAACUUGUUGUACGAGACAUUCAAUGGACUUGAAGGUAUUGAAUGUCAAAACCCCCAAGGUGCCAUGUACCUCUUCCCAAGGCUUAUUUUACCUGACAAAGCCUUUCGCGAAAGUGAACGCCUUGGCGUCGAACCUGAUGAGUUCUAUUGCGCAUCCUUAUUAGAAUCCACAGGUAUUUGUACCGUUCCCGGUUCUGGAUUUGGACAAAAACCUGGCACUUACCAUGUGCGUACAACAUUUUUGGCGCCAGGGACUCAGUGGAUUCAAAACUGGAAAAAUUUUCAUCAGAGUUUCUUCAACGAGUACCGCGAUUAA